CAGAGUGGGGUCCUUGGGCAUGGAAAAAACCGGUACGGAGGGGCCCCAAUGAGGAGCUCCUUGUUGACACAGCCGCCUGCAAACAGGGCUAUCAAUUAUUAACAGAGUAAAGUGGAGCAACAGGAAACUGGAGCCCAGCAAGGAAAGAGGACCCUCGGGGUGGGACAGUCACUGCUCAGACAACUGAGCCAGGGUGAGAGCAGGCUCUGGGCACUGGGCAGCGAGCAGAGAGAAGGAGCACCUGUGGCCUGGGCAGCCUAGCCCCCUGGCCAGCCCAAAAGGAUCAUUCCCCAUGGAGCCAGGCCCAGAAGCCCGAGGCAGCAGCACCGUUCCUUCCUCGGAUGCACGUCCCAGCCAUGAGCUCGCUGACACAGGUGACAACGCUGUGGAUGCUGCGGCAGAGGCGGCGGAGGGGGGCAGCGCCCCCAGGGCUAGUGGAGAGAACAGAGAGCCAGCUUCGGAACCGCAGCCGCCGCUGCCCAACCUGGCAUCCUGGAACGACGGCGCAGCCUCAUCCUACCUGAGUCCUCCCCAGCCCAAGCCCGCUGACGAGAACGGGCAGAUGCCCAAAUGUGCAGCAGGCAUCGGCUUUGUGGGAGAGCCGCCCCCCUACACCCCGCCGGACCCCAAGGCCGUUCAUGUGCUCUACCCUCCCUUCCCGUCGGGCUUCUCCGGGCAAAUGCCCAUCCUGUAUCAGCCAGGGCCUUCGCCGCAGCCUCUGUACCCGCCAGCGCCGUCAGCCACACCUUUGUAUCCAGCAGGACCCUCCCCAACGCCCCUCUACCCACCAGCGUCUUCAACCCAGUCGAUGUACCCGUCCCCAAACCUGCCUUCCGGAGCGUUCCCCUACACCAUCUACAACAGCUCCAUGAACAACAUGGCGGCUGCCAUGGACCGGAGGUCCCUGCCUAAGGAUUACAUGGUAGAGUCUGUGUUGGUAACCCUCUUCUGCUGCCUGAUCACUGGGGUCAUCGCCAUUGUCUACUCUCAUGAGACCCGCGCAGCUCUGAACCGGGGAGACCUGGCUCAGGCAGAACAGGCGUCCAAGAAAGCCCGCUCCUUGGUGCUCUUCAGUCUGCUCUUUGGGGUCUUUGUGUCUACCAGCUGGGUCAUCUACGUCAUAGUGGCCCUCUACAUUCCCUGAGGGACCUUUUCUGGGACUUCUCCUCCUGAUGCCCAGGACAUAGAUGAUGAAGUGCCCAGCACAUCCAAGCUGCUCAUUCCGUGGGCCCUUCCUCCUUCUCCUGCCUGCCCUGCAGGGAGAGAGCAGGGUCUACAGUGCUGCUCCUCUGCUGUCCACCUCCUGCAACUCUGGCCCUGGGACUCUGCUAUCAGGAUGCCAACCCUUCUACUGUAACUUACUGGGCACCAGGACUGCGCCUGAGAUGUUGGGGGCAUUAGCUAUGAGCUGUGAGGGAACUCCCCACCCAGGGGCAAUCUCUGAUUUUCUAUUAGCUUUCCUAGCUAUGAAGAUGAGAGAGAGAGAGACAGAGAGACAGAGAGAGACAGAGACAGAGAGAGACAGAGACAGAGAGACUGAGACAGAGAGACAGAGAGAAGGGGAGAGAGAGAGAAACAGACAGACAGACAGAGACAGAGAGAGACAGAGACAGAGAGACAGAGAGAAAGACAGAGACAGAGACAGACAGAGACAGAGUGCACACUUGGGCAGCUUGAUUCUCCUUUCUGAGCCUCAGUUUCCUUCUCUGUAAAAUAAGGAGUUUGACUACAUAACCACUCUAAGGUCCCUAUGAUGUCUCUCUGGGUUGGCCCUGUGGGACUUGAGUGUUCUUAUUAGUAAACCCAGCAUCUAUCAGGCAAACAGAGGACUAACCAUUCCCCCCAGGACUCUCCAAAGUCCUGGAAGCUGUCAGGAAAAAAUAAUAAUUCCUUCCCCCCUUCAUCCCUAUCUCCAAGGAGAGCCCCAGACAGAGCCAAUCAGUAUUUGUUAUUUCCCCAACUGUGUUGGAGAGAUGAGCCCAUCUGUGUCCCAGGACUUCCCCUUCUUCCUCCUUUCUCCCCUGCCUUGACCUUUUGACUGGGCUGUAUUGUACCCUGUGUCCUCCACCCCAUCCCAGCCAUGGGUUUCACAGUGACUCUCUCAAACCUUAAUUUCCUGAAACCAGGUGAGUAUGUUUGGUCAAUAAAUGAAAAUCCUGAGAAAAAAGA